AUGGCUUUCCAACGCUUACAAGGCGCUAAAAGUCGCGUUCCGGAAGAACGCACCGCCUCGACAAUUGCAGUCCUCUAUUACGGCAAAUCCCCGGAACCCGGAAUCGUCCUGGAGGACUUCGAGAUGUCUGGUGAUACUUACAAAUAUUCCUCCCAUCUUGAGUCACCAUUAAAACUAUUCUUUGAAUCGAGUCUCAGGAUAAAUCAAUUACUGGCACAUACUGUUACUCGCAUUCCCGUGCCCCUCAUCGGGAUACUUGAUGCUCUUCAAGAAUCAGCCCUGCCCCACUGUUAUGCUGUAUGGACAGACUACUACUCCAAACUUUCUAACUCAAAAUUAAGAUACGUAUAUCUUCAUCUGGUGCUUCCUUUCGCCGAAAAUCUAGCCCGGUGCGCUCUCGGAUCCACUAUACUACCACGACACAUUGCGAUAGGUCUCAGUGAUUUGCUUGCACCUCAGCUCUUCUAUCUUUCUACAAGUCUCAUGAUAUCUAAUAUUCCUCAAGCUCUUGUAUCUCUCCAGCAGCUAGCGGUAUCAGCCCUCGCUCCUCCAGCUUUCGGGUUCCCAUCCUCCCCAAAAUCUUUGCCUCUUGAUCUGAUAGCACAGAAGACCAAGAUUAUUGCGUCAAUGAAGGCCCGGUUCAUAGUUCAUUCAAUAAACUUACCGGCCGGGCUUGAGGCUCAGGUCGUCGGCUUCACCAAUGGAGUGUUCAAGUAA